AGUUAAAAAAAAACGCACAAGCAAUCAAUUUUAACAGAGUUAGCAGAACACAUCCGUUCACAGCGAAACCUAAGUACGAUUAAGUUACGCUUUGUAAGAUUAUUAUUAAUGCUCAAACUUGGUCACGAAUUGGCUUACAACGUACCAUCGAGCACAAAAAGUAAAACAACAAAUCCAAAUCACAUGGUUUUGGUUUGUUUACUUACAUAACGCAUGAAAAAAUAUUCACAUCGACGAUCGCCACCAAUAAAAUCUGUAUAUAAAAGCCAUUUUCGAGAACAAAUGGCGUCAAAGGAUUGUACUAAAAUGGAUACAAUUGAACCACCACCUCCUGGAUUUGAAGCAUUACAAAUUGGAAGUCUUACUAAAAUUGAUAAAACUAAUAAGAAAAACUUGUCAGAAAUUUCGAGAAAUGCAGGAAAUAAUGCAAGGAACCUGAGUUCUAUAGGCCAUCAUUUCAGGAGUCUUACGCCACCUUCAAUUUCCAGCACAAAAACGGAGUAUGUUAGAAACACCCCUGAUAGAAAGGAAAAUACCCUUGGAAAAGUUGAUAAGAAUCAAACUGCAAAAUUUUCAAAGUCUGACAAUGAGGAUUUGGUUUUAUUAACAGCAAAUACAGGAUCAAAUAUAAUUCCUGAACCUAAAACAAAAUUAAGUUUGGAACUAAAAGAUAAAAAAAAAAAAAAAAGGGAGAAGUCCGAACGUAAAAGAUUUAAAAAGGACAAAAAGAGCAAAAAAGAAAAGACUAAGAAAUUGAAUAUCUGUAGUAGCGAUCGAGCUCAAAACGGGUUAAAUGUUUUAUUGCAAAAUAAAACAAAUUGCACUUCUCCAGAUAGACUGACUAAAAUAUUGUCUAAUGAAAAUGUCUGCUCUCCAAUACAAACUGAUUCAAUAAACAGUCUACACACAGAAGAAUGGAAUGAACAUAUAAAUAAAGACAAAUCCAUUUCAGAAUAUGUUAAUCAAAAAAUUGAAGUAUCAAAAUGGGAAUUAGAAGACAACAACCAGAACAUAAAUUCUUUUGAUUCUUGUAAAAGUGUUUCUUGCAAUCAAGUUCAAGAAUUGACUGAAAUCACAUCUGAUGUUAUUCGUAAGGCCGAAAAUGCGAUUUUUGCCAAAGCAAUAAACGCUAUAAGACCCGUGGAGUUAAAAGUGGUAAUAGAUUCACAGUGUAAUAGUAAAGAUCGAUCAAUAUCCUUCACACCUAAUCAAAAAGAUCAUUUAAUUUCCCCUAAACAUAAUAUUAACAAAUCAGUGAAAGAAAGGCUAGGAAGCAAGGUUGUACUUGAUCAAAAAUACUCUUCGGAUAAAUUUAAAAGUAAACGUAAAGAUGUUGCAGGAAAAAAUGUAAAAGAUACCAGACAUAGUUUUAAAUCAGAAAAUCAUAUCUCCAAAAAAAAAACCGACUCAAAAGAUUGUUCACCCUUUAACAAAAGGUAUGAAGAUCAACAAAUUCGUAUGUCCAACGAACGUGGACUUUCUAGUACAUCAAAGAAAGAAACUUUUAUAAAUGACAACAUUAAGGUCUAUUCUAAAGAUAUGAACUCAAUAUCAAAUCGUCUUAAAGGCGACACAAAUAAUUUUGAAUUUGAUAGAAAUGCUUCUGUUAAUUUCAAGUCCGGGGAAGUUCGGCUGGCUUCUUCGAUUACAUCCAAACCAUGUCGCCCGGAUAACCCAUUUAGAAAAUUUGACGAUAGUUUUGGGUCCUCUAAUGUACUUUCUAAUUUUGAAAAUUCAUUAAAAAGAGCCGGCUCUUUACAAUCAUGUAAUCAAAUUGGUGAAAAGCGGCAAAAUGAAAAGAAAAGAAAGAAAACUAAAAACUUUAAAAGGAGUUCAUCAUUAGAAUCCAUAAAAUGCGACAAAAAGAAAGAUAUAAAAAAUAAAAAAAAAAUUAAAGUUAUGAAAAAAAAGAAGAAAUCAAAAAAGUAAUUGUCUAUUCUUUUU